AACGGCGACACUCUACACUGACUCGUGCGCUUGCCGCUAACAAUGUUUCAUGUUAUUAUGGACACCAUGCAGGGCUUUGGGGUGAGCAGCACCCGCUACCUGCAGACCAACUACCAGGAUGCCCAAGGUUUGUUCCUCUGGGUGUCAUGGGCAGCAGAUCUCAGGAACACUUUCUUCAUCUUCUUCCCACUCUGGUUCCACCUCCGGUCGUCAGUUGGCAUCAAGCUCAUCUGGGUGGCUGUCAUCGGAGACUGGCUCAACCUGGUGUUCAAAUGGAUUCUGUUUGGGGAGAGACCCUACUGGUGGGUCCACGAGACGCCUUAUUACGCCACCAGUGUUCGCCCUGAUAUUGAGCAGUACCGCAUGACCUGUGAGACGGGUCCAGGAAGCCCCUCCGGUCACGCUAUGGGAGCAGCGGGCGUCUACUACACCUUGGUUACAUCCAUUCUCGCCAUCGCAGCCACCAAGAAGAAACACGGUGGAAGGAAGUCCUCCAACAACAGCUACCUGAAGGCAGUCCUUUGGACCGUGUUCUGGGGAGUCCAAGUGUGCGUCUGUCUGUCGAGGGUCUUCAUCGCUGCCCACUUCCCACACCAGGUCGUUGCUGGAGUCAUCACAGGUAUGAUCGUGGCCGAGGCCUUCAACAGAACCCAGUGGAUCUACAGAGCCAGCAUGAAGAAGUACUUCUACACAACACUUUUCCUGACUUCUUUCGCCGUGGGGUUCUACCUGCUUCUCAGAGUCAUGGGUGUAGACCUCUUGUGGACGCUGGAUAAGGCCCAGAGAUGGUGCGCCAGGCCCGAGUGGGUCCACCUAGACAGCACACCGUUCGCAAGCCUCCUACGCAACAUGGGCACGCUGUUCGGCCUGGGCCUGGGCCUGCACUCGCCAUUAUACACCGAGACCAAGCGCAGCAGCAGUGCGGUGUCCCGGGUUGGCUGCAUCGUUGGCUCUCUGCUGCUAUUGCACCUCUUCGACUCCUUCAAACCACCCACGCACACUGCUGCCCUCUUUUAUCUGCUCUCCUUUUGCAAGAGUGCCACCGUGCCCGUGGCGACCGUCAGCAUCAUCCCGUACCUGGUGAAUAGCGCGCUGGGCUUGCACAGCAAAAAGGCAGCGUGAGACAAAAGCAACGCUGUGAAAAAAAGACUACAUGAAACAAAAAGCAUGGGGUGGUGGCCUACUCCAGUGUAGAGACUUGGUGCUAAUUGCAUUUAUAUUAAAAAACAAACCCAAAAAAACACAGAUCUGGAGAAGCCGACAAGAACAACUGGAAACGAAACGGUCACUGAACUUUGUGUGCGUGCGGGUGACCCUUCCCAUGAUGCUUUGAGCCACUUAAAGGAGCUCUGCAGCACAUUAACAUUGUAACAGACUAAGGUCGCUAAAGACUCUUUGUUAUAUUAACUGUCAGGCUGCAUUUUUCAAUAUGACAGUGAGUAUUUUUGACUAUUUUUAAUAAAAUGUUGAAAACAUGA